CUGGUGUAUACUAAUCCACUGCGUUCUGCCCGAGAUACUGUCCGUCUCUGCCCGCUGUAGGGGCAGAGAGCUAUGCCAUCCAAUGGGCCGACCAACAGCAUGAUUGCGGGGGCUGGGGGCGGUCUUGUGGCCAGUAUCGCUACCUGUCCUUUGGAUGUCAUCAAAACAAAGUUACAAGCUCAACAGACGGCACACGGGGCGCAUGGAUACCUAGGGGUCAUCGGCACAUGUAAAGCGAUCCUGAAGCGUGAUGGGAUAAAGGGUCUCUAUCGCGGGCUUGGGCCGACAGUUCUCGGUUACCUCCCGACAUGGGCGAUCUACUUCGCCGUGUACGACACCAUCAAGAACCGCUUUGGCGGGGGCGCGGGCGAGCAGAAGGGCCCUAUAUACCCGGCACCGCAUGCGAAGGGGUACCAGCCUGCCAUGCGUGAGCAUCCCUGGACGUUGCACAUAUUAUCUGCCAUGACCGCCGGUGCGAUCAGCACGACCGCGACCAACCCGCUCUGGGUUAUCAAAACCCGCUUUAUGACACAAUCUGCUGAUGAACAGAGGUACCGCCAUACACUAGACGCGGCUUUGACUAUCUAUCGGAGCGAAGGUAUCCGUGCUUUCUAUAGGGGGUUGUUGCCGAGUCUACUGGGGAUCACACACGUCGCCGUCCAGUUUCCCCUAUACGAGAAAUGCAAAGUCUGGGCCCAGGGAAACUCGCGUGAGCCACUAAGCAGCCGCUCCAUCCUCCUCUGCUCCGCCGUCUCGAAGAUGACCGCAUCGAUUGUCACAUACCCACACGAAGUUGUUAGGACGCGCCUGCAGACGCAGCGCCGACUGCUUUCUGAACGCCACGACAUCUCGGGUGAUGGCGCCGUUCAGCCUCGUACAUACGCUGGCAUCGUGCAGACGACGAAGAAUAUUGUGCGCGAGGAGGGGUGGCGGGGGCUCUACAAGGGGCUCUCGAUCAAUCUGUUCCGUACUGUACCGAACAGCGCUGUGACUAUGCUAACAUAUGAAUUACUGAUGCGCUGGCUCUCUUCGCGGCCAUGAUAAUAACCCUGCCUUCUGUUCCUUCGAGCGUGCUGUGUGGUGUACGGAAGGACUAUUAUAGAGUUCAGUUCCUGGAGACCGUCAGUGUAUAAUAACCUUGCAUAACCUGUUGAUUCACUGCAAUACUAGCUGUAUUAUCCCUGA